AUGAUUGAAGCCGCUAGCGUGGAUAAUGCGGGCAAUACGCCACAAACCAUCGCUAAACCUAUCGAAGAUGAAGAUAUUGCACGACCCUCAGCAACUUUUCGAUAUACACUGCAGAAUGUAAGUCAACUCAAAGAACAGGUUUUGUCUCCCGCAUACUAUGUGCGGUGUUUGCCAUGGAAGAUUCUAGUCCUGAUAAGAAAUACUACCACACCGGAUCGCCAACAGCAAAAGGCACUCGGGAUCUUCCUACAGUGUAAUGGUGAAUGCGACUCACCAGGGUGGUCCUGUUAUGGUUUAGGUGAAUUGAAAUUACUUUCUCACAAAUCAGAUGGAGAGCAUUUAUGCCGAAAAUUACACCACAUGUACCACAGCAAAGAAGAUGAUUGGGGAUUCGCUCAUUUUAUAUCUUGGAAAGACCUUAUAGAUCCAGAUAAUGGAUUUGUCAAAGACGAUUCUAUUACCAUCGAAGCACAUGUUAUUGCAGAUGCUCCUCAUGGUGUUUCUUGGGAUUCUAAGAAACAUACGGGCUAUGUUGGACUUAAGAAUCAAGGUGCAACUUGUUACAUGAACUCUCUCCUGCAAACUUUAUUUUUCACGAAUGUUCUUCGUAAAGCUGUCUACAAAAUACCAACGGUAGGUGACGACAGUUCUCGAUCAGUGGCAUUUGCAUUGCAACGUGUUUUUUAUGACUUGCAAUUCUUGGAUAAACCUGUUGCUACAAAAAAACUCACUAAAAGCUUUGGUUGGGAAACGCUAGACUCGUUUAUGCAGCAUGAUGUUCAGGAAUUUCUCAGGGUGCUCCUGGACAAAUUAGAAAAUAAAAUGAAAGGGACAGUCGUUGAAGGUACCGUGCCUAAAUUGUUUGAGGGGAAAAUGACGUCUUUUAUUAAAUGUAAAAAUGUCAACUGCACAAGUACUCGCGUUGAAACAUUCUAUGAUAUCCAACUUAGUGUUAAGGGAAAGAAUAAUAUUUAUGAAUCAUUUAAAGAUUACAUAAGCAUAGAACUACUUGACGGUGAGAAUAAGUACGAUGCAGGAGAACAUGGACUACAAGAAGCAGAGAAGGGAGUGCGCUUUGACGUGUUUCCACCUGUGUUGCAUUUACACCUAAUGAGAUUCCAAUACGAUCCACAGAGCGACGCUUCAGUUAAAUUCAAUGAUCGAUUUGAAUUCUACGAGGAAGUGAAUUUAGAUCAAUAUUUACAAGAGAUUCCUCAAACACCAGCGCACUACACCUUACACGCAGUUUUAGUGCACUCUGGCGAUAACCAUGGUGGGCACUACGUGGUCUUUAUAAAUCCUAAGGGAGAUGGAAAGUGGUGCAAAUUCGACGAUGAUGUUGUAUCUCGAUGCAGCAAGCAGGAAGCUAUUGAGUACAAUUUUGGAGGAAAGGAAGACGCCCCACAUCAGGCAAGGAGGGCUACAAGUGCCUAUAUGCUCAUUUACAUACAAACAUCCCAAUUAAAGUAUGUGUUGCAAGAUGUGACUGAAACCGACAUACCAACUGAUCUUUGCGACCGAAUAACUGAAGAGAUGCGAUACGAGAUGGUAAGAACAUGCGGCAGAAAAAUAAGAUGCAGAAAACUCAAAUCUGACACAUCUGUCAGUUCAGCAAAAUACUAUGCGAGGAUUUUCAACGCUCUAAAACAAUUCUUCACUUUACAGGCCAUAGCCGGCUCCAAAUAUAAAGGGAGAUAA